AUGUCUCGCUGGAAGAAGUUCAACGACGAUGACGUUCCAGACGACUUCGUUCUUCCUCCCGGUGACGCGGUUCGUGGUCGCUUGUUAUUCAAAAAGCAUUGCGCACAGUGCCAUGUCAUUGAAAAAGAUGAGCCCGUGAAAACCGGCUGUACUCUGCUAGGGCCUACCCUCUAUGGGGUGUAUGGCCGUACAGCUGGAUCUGGCCCGCGGACGUCCCUUAUUGACUCUUCUCAGGCUAUCAAAGACUCUGGAAUUGUUUGGACAGAUAUCACGCUGAUGCGCUACCUGAAGAACCCUCGGCAGUUCACGCAGCAUCCCAUGAGUAUGAACUUUAGGGGCCUCGACAACUGGCAGGACCGCGUUGACUUGAUAUGGUAUAUCAAGGCCGCAUGCGAUGACAACACUGAGUACAUCAAAGACAUCCUCUCGUCGCGCCCAAAAUUGCGGCAGGGUGAGCUUUCAGUUGAACAGCAGCAGCAGCAACAACAACAACAACAGCAGCAGGAUCGCAUCUGCCAGCUGGUGCUGGAUUUGUCGGUGUCUUCAAAGAGGGAGUUUGCGCUCUUAGAGCUCUCGAAGCGCCGGGAGGCCUUUGCAGACUUGGCCCCUCUCCUGUGGCAUUCCUUUGGCACGAUGGCUGCGAUCCUACAAGAAAUCAUAUCGGCGUAUCCGUUCCUCUCCCCUCCGUCAUUGACCACCCAGGCAUCCAACAGAGUAUGCAAUUCGCUGGCAUUGCUGCAAUGUGUAGCGUCGCAUCCGGAUACUCGACAGCUUCUUCUGAACGCCCAUAUUCCCCUUUUCCUGUAUCCGUUCCUGAAUACGGUGUCGAAGACGCGGCCCUUUGAGUACCUGCGAUUAACAUCUUUGGGUGUCAUCGGCGCAAUCGUCAAGGCUGAUGAACCUCCGGUGGUUUCCUUCCUUUUGCAAACGGAAAUCAUUCCGCUCUGUCUCAGAAUCAUGGAAACAGGCUCCGAGCUUUCCAAAACUGUAGCCACUUUCAUCGUCCAAAAGGUGUUGCUUGACGAUCUGGGCCUGUCUUACAUUUGCGCGACGGCCGAACGGUUUUAUGCUGUCUCUACAGUGUUGUGCAACAUGGUCACAAGUGCUGUGGACGCUCCCUCCAGUCGGCUCCUCAAGCAUGUCGUCAGGUGCUACUUGCGUCUUUCUGACAACUCCAGAGCUCGAGAGGCCCUCAGACAGUGCCUUCCGGAGGCCCUUAAGAAACCCGAGUUGCAUGCAAAUCUCAAGGAUGAUCCUGCAACCAAAAAGUGGCUGCUGCAGCUUUUGCAUGCAGUAUCUGACCAGCCGCUGCAGCAGCAAGCCUCGGCGUUACCCCACAUUACGAGUGCUCUUACUACUGUUGCUGCGAAGGCUGGUGUCGCUGCUGCCUCGGCAGCCCUCGCAAUGGAGUUUUUCAGCAUCGAACGUCCAGGGAAAAUCGAAAACACCCGUGUAGGAGACGCACAGGACUAG